CCUUCUCAACUUCUCAAUCAAAGAGGUUAUCAGGUUUAUGUUAAAGAGAUCAAACUCUGAGGGAACUGUCUAUCCCAUUAUUGCUAGUGUUGAAGCUUCCAAGCUUUUUACAUGGAUGAGAAGUGGAAACUAUCAAAGAAGGAAGCUUCAGGCACCCAUUGUUCAAGAUCUUCAAAGUUCUCACUUCCAAGGAGUUUCUCCACGAAGAGUGUUUCUUCCAAGUCUCCCCUUCUUAGGAGUUUCUCACAGAAGAACUCAUGUUCUUCUUCUUCGUCAUCAUCAUCGUCUAAAUGUCCACUACCAAGAAGUUUUUCACAAAAGACACCCAUUUCGCAUAAAUGUAGUAGCAUGGCCAAGGAACAGAAGGCGAGAUUUUACAUUAUGAGGCGAUGUGUUGCCAUGCUUGUUUGCUGGCAUAAACAUGGAGAUUCUUGAAAGAGAGAAAGAAAAAGAAGACAUCAAUGGAGAAUGGAGAUGAUCAUAUAUAGAUCAGUCGGGAUUCCUUUUCCUUUUCUCCACUUCGUUUAUGCAAGAUGGUUCUUGGAUUUGUUUGUCUUGAACUCAUGGAUUUUUUACAUCCAUUGCAUCAAGUUACAGAUAAAUUUCAGAGUUUUUUUCUUGCUUACCUUCAUUUUCUAAUUAGUUCAGUUCCGUUAGUAAUUAUAAAAUGAGAAGAGCUACAAGUUUUAUAGUUGUAAGAAAAGACUAUAUCAACAAAUAGAUUUCUUUUGAAUCCUAAACUAGCAAAGUCUUCUUUUCUUUUCCUAAGCAUUUCCCUCUGUGAUUUCCUUUUUGGUUUUCCCCUUGUGAUCUUCAACAAAGCAGAUCUCAAAAUCAGGCGUACUCAAAUUUGAUCCUUUUUGGAGUGGCGUCUGGCUGCAACCAAUAAAAUAAUAGGAAAUCAUUGGCUACUGGAUCUGCAUUGGGGAUGAGAAACCAUCUUUUUACUUACCCUUUCAGAAAAAGAGGCAGGAAAUGUGUAUUCUGCUAAAGAUGGAAGGGAAAAACCAUGGAAUGAUCUCUAAAUAAGGGUUUGGGUCGUUUUUUUGUGUGAUUCAAGUUCAACCCUGAAACUCAUUUUUGACGAGUAGCUAAAACUUGAUAAGGUUUUACAAUCCAGGUUAGGCAAGAAGAACUUCU